UCCGCUUCUCCAGAAGGUUCUAUUUCAAUAUUUACUUGGGCGGGACUUCGUUAUAAAUAUUCUCCCUAUUCACAAUUCUCGCACAAAACGGUCGAGGCGAAUUUAUUUUCAUUUCAUUAGAGGUCGAGGCGAAUUUAUUUUCAUUUCAUUAGAGAGGUUUGCAUAUAGAUUGUUGCGUUGCGGAUAUGGCAGAGGAGGGAGAGAAGGUUGUGUUAAAUGUCUAUGAUCUGAGUCAAGGACUUGCGCGUCAACUCUCUUCUAGCUUUCUUGGAAAAGUUAUUGAAGGAAUCUGGCACACAGGCGUGGUUGUCUAUGGGAAGGAAUAUUAUUUUGGCGGAGGGAUACAACACAACCCUGCAGGGGAAACUCCUUAUGGAAAGCCUUAUAAAGUUGUGGAAUUGGGCGUCACUUAUAUACCUAUGGAAAUGUUCGAAGAGUAUUUGGAGGAAAUAAGUCCACGGUACACAGCUGAAACUUACAGUUUAUUGCACCAUAACUGUAAUAAUUUCAGCAGUGAGGUUGCACAGUUUUUGGUUGGCUGUAAUAUUCCAGAUUUCAUUCUUAGAUUACCAGAUGAAGUGAUGAACAGUCCAAUGGGUCCAUUAAUAAUGCCAAUGAUAGCACAAUUUGAAUCAACAUUAAGAUAUGGAGGGGUACCUCAAGUUCCGCAUCGUGUUGCUUCAUCAUCCACACCUACCUUUGCGCAGCAACAAGGAACGCUGGAUAUUGCAAGUAAGGCAAAUGAUGGAGCGAGCUCAGAACAAUCCGUUGGUUCUGGAUCAGUAAAUGCAGAGUCUGCGGUUGAAAGUAAGUCUAGCACCGACAUACCACCUGCAGUAAAACCUGUGGAUUAUAAGUCAGGUGACUCACAGAAAUCGGCCAUGAAAGAGCCCGAUAAUUCCAAUAUAGAUCCUGCCAAAAGUUCUUUGAAUAAUUCAAAGAAAGAUGUUAUUGAUCCUCUGGGCGAUGCAAGGGCCAGAGUCCAAGAGGAAAUUACGAGUGAAUUUGCCAGAUUAAUGGCGAGUGGUGGCUUGCGGGCAAGUGAGGCAGCAGCACUUGCCACAAGGCGAGUAAUGGAGAAACAUGGCACUCCAACUGCUACACCUCGGGGUUAAAGUUAAUCCUUAAAGUUGAUAUGCCUAAAUUUAGGUUGUAUUUGGCACAUUUUUUGUCGUGAAGGGAUGAUAGAGAAAAUAAUUGCACUGAUUUCACAAUUUGUAUUAUUUCUGGUGCUAAUCUUAACGAUUCUAUGAAACAUGGAUCCUGUCAAGAAACUGCACCAUUGAUUAAGGGUUCUAAUUCUGUGCCCUGUAUUCUGUCUUUUAAUUACCACGAGGAAAUAUUUUUACCAUUAUUUCAAUAUGAUUUAUUUCAA